GUCUCAUUAUAACAGCCAAUGCAGCCGCCAUCCACGCACAAGCAAAGAAGCAUGUCCCAUUUAAAUACACCCACGCAGCCCCAGCGCCCUUAGCCGAUCGGGGCGCUCAGCCCACACGCACCGCUGCUCGGGGCUUGGAGAUCCGCGCAGGUUGGGUUCCCGGACCCGGCGGACCAACGCGCGGAGGAUCGGGAUCCGGCGCUGUGGAGCUGGGGUGGGCGGGGGAGGCUGGGCCCGGGGCCUCUGGCGCGAUACCCGCAUGAGGACGCGAGUGAAAUAGACCAAGGUGGAAUUUCCAAGGGAAAAGCUUGGGGGUAGUUUUGGUCCAUUUCUCCAGCGAAGAAGUAGACAUGGCGAGCGACUCCCCGGCUCGAAGCCUGGAUGAAAUAGAUCUCUCGGCUCUGAGGGCUUCUGGAAAUCAGCAUGCCCUGUGUGAGACCCUAUCUGGGGAAUCUUCUUGAGUUUCAAUGCUGGAUCAAUAAAGUAGAAACAACUUUGUGCUUCUUGGAGAAAUGGAAAUUCGGGAAAGAUUGGACCCCGCAGGGAUUUUUGAAUUGGUGGAACUUGUUGGAAAUGGAACAUACGGGCAAGUUUAUAAGGACAACUUUGGAAGAAGCUGACUGCUUUGAAAUCAAUUUGGGUCGUCAUGUCAAAACGGGCCAGCUUGCAGCCAUUAAGGUUAUGGAUGUCACAGGGGAUGAAGAGGAAGAAAUCAAACAAGAAAUUAACAUGUUGAAGAAAUAUUCUCAUCACCGGAAUAUUGCUACAUACUAUGGUGCUUUUAUCAAAAAGAACCCACCAGGCAUGGAUGACCAACUUUGGUUGGUGAUGGAGUUUUGUGGUGCUGGCUCUGUCACCGACCUGAUCAAGAACACGAAGGGUAACACGUUGAAAGAGGAGUGGAUCGCAUACAUCUGCAGGGAAAUCUUACGGGGGCUGAGUCACCUGCACCAGCAUAAAGUGAUUCAUCGAGAUAUUAAAGGGCAAAAUGUCUUGCUGACUGAAAAUGCAGAAGUUAAACUCGUGGACUUUGGAGUCAGUGCCCAGCUUGAUCGAACUGUGGGCAGGAGGAAUACUUUCAUUGGAACUCCCUACUGGAUGGCACCAGAAGUUAUUGCCUGUGACGAAAACCCAGAUGCCACAUAUGAUUUCAAGAGUGACUUGUGGUCUUUGGGAAUCACCGCCAUUGAAAUGGCAGAAGGUGCUCCCCCUCUCUGUGACAUGCACCCUAUGAGAGCUCUCUUCCUCAUCCCCCGGAACCCAGCGCCUCGGCUGAAGUCUAAGAAGUGGUCAAAAAAAUUCCAGUCAUUUAUUGAGAGCUGCUUGGUAAAGAAUCACAGCCAGCGACCAGCAACAGAACAAUUGAUGAAGCAUCCAUUUAUACGAGACCAACCUAAUGAGCGACAGGUCCGCAUUCAACUCAAGGAUCAUAUUGAUAGAACAAAGAAGAAGCGAGGAGAAAAAGAUGAGACAGAGUAUGAGUACAGCGGAAGUGAGGAAGAAGAGGAGGAGAAUGACUCAGGAGAGCCCAGCUCCAUCCUGAAUCUGCCAGGGGAGUCGACGCUGCGGAGGGACUUUCUGAGGCUGCAGCUGGCCAACAAGGAGCGUUCUGAGGCCCUACGAAGGCAGCAGCUGGAGCAGCAGCAGCGGGAGAAUGAGGAGCACAAGCGGCAGCUGCUGGCCGAGCGUCAGAAGCGCAUUGAGGAGCAGAAGGAGCAGAGGCGGCGGCUGGAGGAGCAACAAAGGCGAGAGAAGGAGCUGCGGAAGCAGCAGGAGAGGGAGCAGCGCCGGCACUAUGAGGAGCAGAUGCGCCGGGAAGAGGAGAGAAGGCGUGCAGAGCAUGAACAGGAAUAUAAGCGCAAACAACUGGAAGAACAGAGACAAGCAGAAAGACUGCAGAGGCAGCUAAAGCAAGAAAGAGACUACUUAGUUUCCCUUCAGCAUCAGCGGCAGGAGCAGAGGCCUGUGGAGAAGAAGCCACUGUACCAUUACAAAGAAGGAAUGAGUCCUAGUGAGAAGCCAGCAUGGGCCAAGGAGGUAGAAGAACGGUCAAGGCUCAACCGGCAGAGUUCCCCUGCCAUGCCUCACAAGGUUGCCAACAGGAUAUCUGACCCCAACCUGCCCCCAAGGUCGGAGUCCUUCAGCAUUAGUGGAGUUCAACCUGCUCGAACACCCCCCAUGCUCAGACCAGUCGAUCCCCAGAUCCCACAUCUGGUAGCUGUAAAAUCCCAGGGACCUGCCUUGACCGCCUCCCAGUCAGUGCACGAGCAGCCCACAAAGGGCCUCUCUGGGUUUCAGGAGGCUCUGAACGUGACCUCUCACCGCGUGGAGAUGCCACGCCAGAACUCAGAUCCCACCUCUGAAAACCCUCCUCUCCCCACUCGCAUUGAAAAGUUUGACCGAAGCUCUUGGUUACGACAGGAAGAAGACAUUCCACCAAAGGUGCCUCAAAGAACAACUUCUAUAUCCCCAGCAUUAGCCAGAAAGAAUUCUCCUGGGAAUGGUAGUGCUCUGGGACCCAGACUAGGAUCUCAACCCAUCAGAGCAAGCAACCCUGAUCUCCGGAGAACUGAGCCCAUCUUGGAGAGUCCUUUGCAGAGGACCAGCAGUGGCAGUUCCUCCAGCUCCAGCACACCCAGCUCCCAGCCCAGCUCCCAAGGAGGCUCCCAGCCUGGAUCACAAGCUGGAUCCAGUGAACGCACCAGAGUUCGAGCCAACAGUAAGUCAGAAGGAUCACCUGUGCUCCCCCAUGAGCCUGCCAAGGUGAAACCAGAAGAAUCCAGGGACAUUACCCGGCCCAGUCGACCAGCUGAUCUGACGGCAUUAGCCAAAGAACUAAGAGAACUCCGGAUUGAAGAAACAAACCGCCCAAUGAAGAAGGUGACUGAUUACUCCUCCUCCAGUGAGGAGUCAGAAAGUAGUGAGGAAGAGGAGGAAGAUGGAGAGAGUGAGACCCAUGAUGGGACAGUGGCUGUCAGCGACAUACCCAGACUGAUACCAACAGGAGCUCCAGGGAGCAACGAGCAGUACAAUGUGGGAAUGGUGGGGACGCAUGGGCUAGAGACCUCUCACGCAGACACUUUCAGUGGCAGUAUUUCAAGAGAAGGAACCUUGAUGAUUAGAGAGACAUCUGGAGAGAAGCGAUCUGGCCACAGUGACAGCAAUGGAUUUGCUGGCCACAUCAACCUCCCUGACCUGGUGCAGCAGAGCCAUUCUCCAGCUGGAACCCCGACUGAGGGACUGGGGCGCGUCUCAACCCAUUCCCAGGAGAUGGACUCUGGGACUGAAUAUGGCAUGGGGAGCAGCACCAAAGCCUCAUUCACCCCCUUUGUGGACCCCAGAGUAUACCAGACGUCUCCCACUGAUGAAGAUGAAGAAGAUGAGGAAUCAUCAGCUGCAGCUCUGUUUACUAGCGAACUUCUUAGGCAAGAACAGGCCAAACUCAAUGAAGCAAGAAAGAUUUCCGUGGUAAACGUAAACCCAACCAACAUUCGGCCUCACAGUGACACACCAGAAAUCAGAAAAUACAAGAAACGAUUCAACUCAGAAAUACUUUGUGCAGCUCUGUGGGGUGUAAACCUUCUGGUGGGGACUGAAAAUGGCCUGAUGCUUUUGGACCGAAGUGGGCAAGGCAAAGUCUAUAAUCUGAUCAACCGGAGGCGAUUUCAGCAGAUGGAUGUGCUAGAGGGGCUAAAUGUCCUUGUGACAAUUUCAGGAAAGAAGAAUAAGCUAAGAGUUUACUAUCUUUCAUGGUUAAGAAACAGAAUACUACAUAAUGACCCAGAAGUAGAAAAGAAACAAGGAUGGAUCACUGUUGGGGACUUGGAAGGCUGUAUACAUUAUAAAGUUGUUAAAUAUGAAAGGAUCAAAUUUUUGGUGAUUGCCUUAAAGAAUGCUGUGGAAAUAUAUGCUUGGGCUCCUAAACCGUAUCAUAAAUUCAUGGCAUUUAAGUCUUUUGCAGAUCUCCAGCACAAGCCUCUGCUAGUUGAUCUCACGGUAGAAGAAGGUCAAAGAUUAAAGGUUAUUUUUGGUUCACACACUGGUUUCCAUGUAAUUGAUGUUGAUUCAGGAAACUCUUAUGAUAUCUACAUACCAUCUCAUAUUCAGGGCAAUAUCACUCCUCAUGCUAUUGUCAUCUUGCCUAAAACAGAUGGAAUGGAAAUGCUUGUUUGCUAUGAGGAUGAGGGGGUGUAUGUAAACACCUAUGGCCGGAUAACUAAGGAUGUGGUGCUUCAAUGGGGAGAAAUGCCCACGUCUGUGGCCUACAUUCAUUCCAAUCAGAUAAUGGGCUGGGGCGAGAAAGCUAUUGAGAUCCGGUCAGUGGAAACAGGACAUUUGGAUGGAGUAUUUAUGCAUAAGCGAGCUCAAAGGUUAAAGUUUCUAUGUGAAAGAAAUGAUAAGGUAUUUUUUGCAUCCGUGCGAUCUGGAGGAAGUAGCCAAGUGUUUUUCAUGACCCUCAACAGAAAUUCCAUGAUGAACUGGUAACAGAAGAGCACUUGGCACUUAUCUUCAUGGCGUUAUUUCUAAUUUAAAAGAACAUAACUCAUGUGGACUUAUGCCAGUCUAGAGGCAGAAUCAGAAGGCUUGGUUGAACAUAUUGCUUUCCCCUUUUCCUCUCCCUCCACCCUUCCCAAUACAGUCCAUCUUUCAAUGUUGCAGCCUGGUUGAGAAGGAGAGAAAAAGGUGGCAGGAAUUUCCAGGAGAUCCCCAAGAAUGCUGCCUUGUCUGUGGACAAAGAUGGACCAUGUGCCCUUCAGAGUUAGGGAUAGAAACAAAUAUUGUGUGCUCUUAAUGAUUAAACUGUGUUAUGGUGGGUUUUCAGGUUUUUACCUUUUUUCUUUACCCCUUUACUCUGUAAGAAUGGGGAAAGAAUGCAUACUGAGAAGAUGAGUCUGUUUUUAAUUCUGUCUGCCUACUAGUUUUAAGUAUAUGGUAUGCUGUAAAAUUUCCAAUUUCCAGUGAUGACAGACAGCACAAUAAAUGUACCUUAUCUCCUUACGCUGAAGGCCAUAACUACAUAGUGAGGUAAUUUAAGAACUCUCUUGCCUUCACCAACCCAAAAGGUUGCUUUUUGAUAGCAACUGGCUAAUGAAUUUUUAAGAGAAGAAAAAUACUAGUUUUCCCCUCUUUUGGGAAAUAGAUUUUAAAUGGCUAAACUACUAGCCUUAAAACUACUAGUCUAAUAAAGUCAACUACCACUUUUGUGAAUCUGACAGGCCAUAUUUUUAUAUGGCCCUUUACAGAAUAGAGUGUGUUGAAUAGGAUACUAAUGCCAUUGAGUUGAGCUGGCCUAGCGAUUGAGGGAUUCUCUAACACAACUUUCCCUCAGCUAUUAUGCAACAGAUCAGGGCAAAAGAUGGGAUGACAGAUGGGGUCAGACAGAAAGAGCUUCUGGGAAACAAGCUUACAUAUUCUUUUUUAAAAUGCACAAAGCCCCCCCGGCUAAGAGGUCACUUGGUUUGGGCUUCAUUAGGACUGAGACUUUGUUGAGUUGUUUCUGGGAAUUGGGGAGUGGAUGAUAUUCAGGCUCUCAACAUUCCCAGCGCUCUCCUGAGGGUGCCACUUUGUCAAGAUGAAAACUGUGACUGAAAAAAUUAAUAAUAAAUGUUUCUGAGCUGCCUGCGUUCUCCCUGGGUGGGUGAGAGAAGGGACUAGACUCCUAAGCCUGCCUCAGAUACAGGAGGCAUCAUUGGCUCCAAUUUUAGAGAACUUGAAAGCAAGGCUUUGGACAAAAUUUUGAGACCCUAAUCACUUUACCUUCCUUCAAAUUACCCAACAUAUGGUAAACAACAUUUGUGCAGAAAUAUGUAUGUAUUUAGUUCAGGUUGACUUGUGUCCUUAUAAACUCUUACUCAAAUGAUUUGAACUUCUACGUGACUGGGGUUUUUUUUUCCAAAGCUACAAGCAUGGCCGCCUGUGGUAUCAAGGUGUUGCAAACAAUAUCUGUGUUGCGCUUCCUGUUUUAACCUACCUCGUUUUGUUUGUUUUUGUUUCACUGUUCAUCACAGCAGUGUUAUCUCCAGGAGACAUAUAGAGAGCUCAACUGGCAAUCUCAGGUGCAUUUAACAAUUUUAAAACAAAACAGUAGUUGACCAAAUUUUUCUUCUUACAAAAUUGGAGGUGGGGGAAAUCCAGUGACAAAAACUAAUGUGGCUUGUUUCUGGAGAAAAUAAUUACUGUAAAUGGAUCAAAAAAAAAAAAAAAACAAACUAUGAUUUUGCCUAAAUACACAAGCAGCUGAUGUACUAUUAAUGAGAACAAAAUACCCAUUAGGAAAAUUGAAUUGAGUCAUUUCAAUCUAGUGGUUCGGGCAAGGUGGGGAAGAGAAGGGGAAACAUUCUACUUUCUGUAUUACAUUAUUCCCCUCCUGAAAAGGUGGUUGUUAUUUGCAUUUAUUUAAAGCAGUUAAUAUGCAGGAAUGUAACCGAGGAUUAUCUUCAGGCACUCAGCAAGAUAUCCUCCUCAUGGUCCCUUUAGCUCUCAAAAGCAAUGAAAUCCUCCUGUUCUCAUUUUUACUGCUGUGGUUGUGCUGCUGAACAAUACUGUCUUCUCAAAUUUCAUGCCACAAAUUCAGCAAUAACUUUUUGGAUUGAAUUUCACAACUACUGUAAUUGGAUGCUGAUGUGGACAAAAUAUAUUGAUUUCGAUUUCAUUCCCAAAUGUGAUUGCCACCAGCUCUUUAUAUUGCUGCUGUGGUAUUUUAAACCAGAAGCUUCUUUAAAUUAUGUUGCAAACUGAUCUUUGUUUUUAUGUUUUGUUUGUUUUUAUUUCUAAGUGAUAAGUUUGAAACACACAGCUUUAAAUGAUUUUUUUAUUAUGGGAUUUUGGGUACAGUUAAGAAAUAAAAGGGAAUCAUUGUGUUUAAACAUAAGGUAGUUUGUGAAUGUAUUUUUUAAAAUCUAGAUUCAUUGAAACAAAUCAUAAGAAAACAAUAUUAAUGCAGUCUUGUUUACAGUAUGUACAGUGACAUAACAUAGAACAUGAGCUUUUCUGGUGCCAACAAUAAAACACAGACGUUAAACAUCAAGCCAUGCCUUUUAUAUUUUUGUACUAAUAUUUUACACUGAGUACAA